AUGGCUCCUCAUUCAAAGUCUCAGAAAGUUCCCGAUCAAGCGAGGCUUGGCACUUUGAACAUUACCUAUAGACCAACCAACAAUGCUCUAGAGGUGACUCAGGCGCGCUAUGUUUCCAAUACGCAAGACGAAGAGGACCCGGAUUUAGACCCCAACAGCACCGAUGGCCACCAUGCAAAGCGCAAACGCCAGCCGAAUCCUACAGCCAAGCAGACUUGGAAGGACACCUUACAACGCAUGUCCAUCGACGAACUUGGCUCCGCAAAGAUCAAGAGAAUCAGUGGUUUAGUUGCAGAGAUCCAGUUUUCAUACCUAAGUGAGAAGAUAAUUGUUACGUCCGCAUCGGUCAAGUUCCUGGACGUGCUGGGUGAUUACCUGCCACGACUGGCGCCUGAACUCACAAUGGUGCGUUUCGACGGGCGAAUCACCUCAGUCGACGAUCGAACAGAGAUUGCUGAUCGGUUUAAUUCUGAAGGUCGCGGUAUUGACAUGUUGCUGUUGAGUGCUUCCUGUGGUGGAACCGGUUUGAACCUCCAUGGAGGCUCGCAUGCUAUCAUCACCGAGUGA